CAUUGUCCUAUCUCACUUUCUCUCUUUCACCACAUAAAAACUCAUAAACUCGAUCGAACCAAAGCUAAACGAAAAACUUAAAACCCAAAUCUUAUCACUACUCUAAAAGAAUCUUCAUCAUGGCCUCAGUAACCUCAGCCACCGUUGCAAUCCCAUCUUUCACCGGCCUUAAAGCCUCAACCAUCAAAUCAUCCGCCACCGUCAGAAUCCAAACUGCUGCUGUUGCAUCACCGAAGCUUACAGUGAAGUCAUCUCUAAAGAACUUCGGAGUCGCGGCCGUAGCGGCUGCAGCUUCAAUUGCUUUGGCCGGAAACGCCAUGGCAAUAGAAGUUCUCUUGGGAGGAGGGGAUGGGUCGUUAGCUUUUAUUCCCAACGACUUCUCUAUAGCUAAAGGAGAGAAGAUUGUGUUCAAGAACAACGCUGGAUACCCACACAAUGUUGUCUUCGAUGAAGACGAGAUCCCAAGUGGCGUCGACGUGGCCAAGAUCUCGAUGGACGAGCAAGAUCUACUCAACGGUGCGGGAGAGACGUACGAGGUUGCUUUGACCGAGCCAGGGACUUACAGCUUCUACUGUGCGCCACAUCAGGGUGCUGGUAUGGUCGGUAAAGUCACCGUUAACUAAAAUGUGUGUGUGAGUAAGUGAGGGAGUCUCGGACUCAAUUAGAGGCUCUUCUUUCACAUUCUUACAUUAUUACAUAAAGUGUUUUGUAAUUCUAAAGAGUGUUGAAUCGAAUGGACCGUGAUUGUUGUUGUACUGUGACUGGUUCCAUAAAUGGUUUUUCUUGGUUUAUAUAUGUAGUCUUAUGUCUCGCCCUGAAGUUAUGAUUAAUUUAAGUAGGAAAGUGAACUGUUUGAAUAAGCGCUUUUCAUAGAGGUAUUUAGUUAGAUGGUCUAAUUUGAAGAAAAUUAGAUAUAUGACUAUGGUGCUAAAUAGUAGUUGGUAAAUAAUUAUUUUUGUUGCAGAUUGACCAAAUUAUCUCAAUGCACUCUUUGGGCUAUUGUGUAUUUUUAAAAAUGUGGCUGUAGAUAAAAUAGUAAAUUAUUGGAUGAACAUGUAAUCUCGCAUCAUGAAUAAAAAAGUGCAUGAUAGCAUGUUUUUUUUUUGAUUAAACAGUGUUGUUAUAACAUAUUCUUGUUUAAAAGACGCACAAAGCCAUUAGUUAUUUAUGGACAAAUUUGUAAUCGACCAAUUACUUGAAAAAUAGAAGGUUUGUUAGUGCAAAUUCCCUAUUUUGGAUUAAAUCGAGAGUUGUGGAGCCAGUUGAUCUACCAUCACAAUUUCAAAAAUAAUCUAAAUUACAUCCUUACUAAACUAGCUAAGACAUGUCACAAAAUGUAAUAAUGUG